AUGGGGGAGUUGAUGGAGGUGGGGCUGAGGGUGAAGGUGAAGGUGAUGGAGGUGGGGGUGAUGGAGAAGGGGAAGGUGGCGACGGUAAAGGUGGUGGAGGUGAUGGGGACGGAGGAGGUGGCGAGGGUGAUGUCACGGUUGCACAACAACAUUGACAUGAAAAUCGAUCGAUUUAGUGGUUCCACAUUACAAAAAGGAGGAGGAGGUGAUGGGGAUGGAGGUGGUGUUGAAGGUGGACUUGGUGGUGGCGAUGACGGUGAUGGAGGUGGGGAUAAGGGUGAAGGGGGUGGAGGUGGUGAUGAAGGAGAUGGGGGCGAGGGUGAAGGUGGUGGAGGUGAUGAAGAAGGAGGAGGUGGCGAGGGUGGUGUAACGGUUGCACAACAACAUUGA